GAAAAAGAGAAAGUCGAAGGGGGUAAUGGUAGGCAUUUGAUGGAACCAGUGGCUCCAUCUUCAUAUUGGGUAAACAUGGGGGCUGUUUUUGCUAUUAUUCUUAAAACUGAGAACUGAAACACAUUUGGAAGCCAACAGCCCAAACUGAGGACGAUCUCUUCUCGCCCUGGAUCCGUCUUGUAUCUGCAUCUUGGACUCCGUUGCCCGCCAACGCAUAAUCGGAUGGUUUGAAGAAAAUACUUAUAUCAGAAAUCAAGAAAACCAAUUUGUAGAAACAUAUUUGGAUUUUCGGCGUUGUCUUAUACUUGUUUCUUUUUGGAAGAUACGAAAUCGGUAGCUGGGUUUUUUGAAUAACUCUCUUGUGUGGCGAGGGGUGCAUUCAAGGUGUUCGAUAAAUUGCCUGUUCAUUACUUGUUAUUGGAGUUGUCGAAGCAAUAGGAAUUCAAUAAAUCUGAUAUUUCAAAGAAAGUAGCAAUCUUCAGUUACCAUUGUCUGUGUUACCCAAUUUUAUUUUUCAGUUGUUUCAUGGAAUAUCGACGUUUCCAAGUCCAGUUUCAUCUAAGAUUGGGAAUCGUAUUGUCACUGCUUGCUGGUAUUUGCUAUUGCAACCAUUCCUCUUCAAGUUUUUCUGAGUUGGGAAGCCGUAAAUAUAUCACAGAAGCAUACUUUCAGAAAUAUGAGAGCUUAAGUGAUCGGACUUUCCAAGAUUUCAUAGCCUAUGAGCUUUCUAAUGGCUUCUGUGAAAUGCUUCAAGAUAAACAUAAUUUCGUGCCAAAAUUGUCGGUUCUGCAGCGACGGUUAAUUGGUGAAGGUUCUCACCGGCUUCUAACUUCAUCCAUUAGAAUUGAAAGCCAACCAGAAGUUUCAUCUAAGCUUCCCUCACUCUUCUGCAAGGCAAUAAUUGUUGAGAGACUGCCCUCUGGAGUGUUUGCUGAUCCUUUUGAGCUAGAGCAUCUUACAGAGCUUGGUGUGUUUAUGGAUGCUUCUGCGUUUGGGGACACAGAUUUAGAGUUGCCUACUGUACGGGCAAAUCGAUCUGUUGUUGAGGUUCACAUGGAUUUGGGCCCUAGUACAUUGUUCGGGAACAAGAAUGGGUGGGAAUUCAACAUCGAGCUUCCAUUGCACGCACGCUAUGCGCCCUUGGGAGAACAUGGUUAUACAAAAGCUGAAUUUGGCUCUCCUGACUUGUUUGUACGCUGCAUUGUGGAAGGGGACGCCCAUAACCAAAGCUGUAUAUUUCCAUCAACCAAUGAUGGUGUUAGAUCCACUGAUGCUGCAACUAUCUGGGAAGUACCAUCUGGAAUUGUGAAACACACAAAAGUUGUGUCUAUGCUUACUUUUGUUUCAGCAGUUGCAUCUGCUUUCUCAAUUUUCAUGGCAUGUGUUUAUCAUUCAGACAUUGCAGUCCACAACGGUCAUAAACAAUCUUAAUAUGUUAACAGUUCAUGUGAUAUUUAUUAUUUUCGUUAGUUAGUCACUUACUUGGAAGAUUGCACCUGUACACACACAUUCAAGCUCUAUUUGUUCUUUUGAAUCCGUAAUUCUACAAAUAUGAUUUCGUC